AUGUACCAUGAUGUUCGACGGCGACUGCCCUACUACUGGAGUGACUUUUCUGAUGCUCUGACCUACCGGACAAUUGCCAGCACCAUCCGCAUGUACUUUGUCAAUAUACUCCCCGCUAUCGCCUACACAUUAGACAUGUACCGUCGCACCGGUGAGUUUUAUGGCAUCAACGAGGCGCUCUUUUCCUCAGCGUUGGCUGCUAUGGUCUUCAGCCUGCUUGGUGCGCAACCGCUCACCAUUGUCGGGAUUACCGGUCUCAUCUCGUUGUUCAAUUAUACAAUCUAUGACAUUGUUACGAGAUACGAACCUGCCAUUUAUCCUAAUUUCAUGUGCUGGACCGCUAUCUGGGCGGCUAUCUUUCAUUGGAUCGUGGCUGUGUGUAAUCUAUGUGAUUACAUGCGAUAUGUGACGGACUUUUCGUCUGAGUCGUUUGGUGCUUAUGUCGGGAUUAUAUACUGCAUCAAAGGAGUCGAGGAACUGGUUAACGAGUUCAGCGAGUACGGAUCGGCUGCUGGCUUCAUGAGCACCAUGAUUGCUAUCCUGUAUUUUCUGACCAUUUAUGGAUUGGAAAUGCUAGGGUCUAGCACUAUCUGUCGGCCAUGGUUCCGUGGAUUACUAGCAGACUAUGCCUAUGUCAUCGCUACAAUCUUUUGGGUAGGCUUUGCCCAUAUUCCAGGAAAUCUGAAAUCAACUGGUAUCUCCUUCGUCCCCAUUACUCGGGCCUUUUAUCCCACGCAGCCACGGGGCUGGUUAAUCCAUUUCUGGGAGCUGGAGGUGAAAUGGGUCUUUGCGGCGUUGCCAUUCGGCUUUCUAGUCAUGCUGCUGUUCUACUAUGACCAUAACGUAAGCAGUCUCGGUGCCCAAGCACGCCAAUUCCCCCUCAAGAAACCAGCAGGCUUCCACUGGGACUUCUUCCUCCUGGGCUGCACGACCUUCCUCGCAGGCAUCACCGGAAUCCCCAUGCCAAACGGUCUCGUUCCCCAGGCCCCCGUGCACACGGACUCCCUCACCAUCUACGAAACCAGUCUCGCCAUCAUCCCCACCUCCGAAGGCGAAGGCUCUGAGCUCCGCCGCCCCAUCACAAAAGCCACCGCGGUGGUCGAGCAGCGCAUCUCCCAUUUCCUCAUGGGCCUGGCCAUCAUCGGCACCAUGACCGGUCCCCUCCUUAUCGUUCUACACACCAUGCCGGCUGCCGUCUUCGCUGGCGUCUUCUUCAUCGUCGGAUGGGGGUCUAUCGAGUCGAACGGGAUCCUGAAGAAACUAGUCUUCUUGGCUCGGGAGAAUCGGUUUAUUCAGAGGGAUGAGCCGUUGUUGAGGGUCCGGAAGAGGGGGAUUUGGGUUUAUGUUGCGUGUCAGGUUUUGGGGGUUGCUGCUUGCGUGGCGGUUUCGAUGACGGUGGCUGCUAUUGGCUUCCCAAUCCUCAUAACAGCCAUGAUUCCAUUCCGCGUAUACAUCAUCCCGAAAUGGUUCUCGCAAUCCGAACUCGACAUCCUGGAUGACUUGACCGCCAACAACACGGCCGUGUUGGCGAGUUUAGGAGGUCCGCCUAGGUUUCCGGGGGAGGGAUAUAAUCACGGCAUUGGUCUUGGUGCUGGUGGAGAGGCUGGCCAGGGACAAGGGGAAGAAGGGCGAAAGGGGCAACAGGAGGAGGAACAUUAUGGGGUAGAAAGGAGGUAUUCGGAGCAGAGGAGGGGGUCGGUGAGGUAUCGGUAG